CUGAUACCACAUCGCUCCCAACCUCGGUGGAUUGGAGAUCUAAGGGUGUAUUAACCCCGAUUAAGAAUCAAGGAGCCUGUGGAAGCUGCUGGGCUUUCUCAACGACCGGUACUCUCGAGUCGCUGUAUGCCAUCGGCACGGGUCAGCUCCGGUCGUUCUCUGAGCAGCAGCUUGUCGAUUGCAGUAGAGGCUAUGGGACCGGUGGAUGUGCUGGAGGCUGGAUGUAUCAAGCUUUUGAUUAUGUAAAGGAUAAAGGGAUCGAUCUCGAGUCUACCUACCCUUAUGAAGGAAGUGACAAUACUUGCCGAAUCUCCCUUGAGAAACUCUCCGACGGCAUGAAGGCCGGGGUUGUUACUGGCUAUUACCAGCUAUCAACUGAGCCGUCUUUGAUGA